AUGAGCACGGAUCUAGAGCGUAUGUCGCUCAACUCCUCCUCCGCCAACUCCGUGGCCUCGAGUGCCCGCACGCUGUCAGCCAAUGUCAAGAAGCUGCACAACGCGCUCAACCUGCUGCUCAACGAAUUGGAGCGGGAGCAGUUCAUCCACUGCCUCAACGUGUACCACUCCAAGCGUAAUGUCUACGACCUGGUUCAAACACUUAAAGUCAUCCUCAAUGCGCCCAGCAAACGCCAACUUCUGCCCAUGCUACGACAGGUCAUUCCCCGCUCAGACCAGCUUUUGUUUGACCAGCACACCUCGGAGGGCCUUUACUUGAAAUCGGAUAUACUUGCCAGAAAUGGGAGCGCAGAAGCGUUGGGCGAAGUUCCCAGUGGGAGUCCAACUCCUCCUGGGCAUUUCUUGCCAACCCCUCCCGGAUCACAAGUUGCGAUGCGCGGCUCUCCGGAUAGUUUCAGCACCAGCAGUGAUGGGACAGCUCCCCUCGUCCCGCUGCUCGGGAGAGGCUUUCUGCACGAGCCUCCAGGAGAGGUUCGACAAGUGACCCUGAAACGGCACAAGAGCAACGAGGGCUUGGGUUUCAGUAUCCGCGGAGGAUCGGAGCACGGGGUCGGGAUCUAUGUGUCUCUGGUGGAGCCGGGAUCCCUUGCCGAAAAGGAGGGACUAAGGAUUGGGGAUCAGAUUAUGAAAGUCAACAACACAGUGUUCGAUAAAGUCACUCAUGCUGAAGCAGUGAAGGUGUUGAAGGGCAGUAAGAAGCUGUCCCUGUGGGUGCGGUCGGUGGGGCGUAUCCCGGGGGGUUAUGUCACUAAUCAUGUGUACACCUGGGUGGACCCUCAGGGUCGCAGUGUGACCCCUCCCCCUGACCUCCCAGAGCACCGCAGUGCCACCCUGAGACGCAACGACAGCCAGCGACGCAGCAACAUGCAGCUACUGCAGGAGGGAGAUGAGAAGAAGGUGAACUUGGUAUUGGACGAUGGCCGUUCGCUGGGUCUGAUGAUCCGGGGUGGGGCAGAGUAUGCCUUGGGGAUCUACAUCACAGGAGUGGACCGGGGCUCUGCUGCAGAGUGUGGAGGACUCAAGUGUCUGCCCAUGCCACUCCACCCACCAGCCCUUCCUCUCUAUGCCCUCCCCGCCCCGCAGGUGGGUGACCAGAUCCUGGAGGUGAACGGGCGCAGCUUCCUGGGCAUCCCACACGACGAGGCGGUGCGCAUGCUCAAGUCGUCGCGCCACCUGAUGAUGACUGUGAAGGAUGUGGGGCGCCUGCCGCACGCCAGGACGGUGGUGGGGGAGACCAAGUGGAUCACUAGCUCCCAGAUAGCAGAGAGCUCCGCCAGUGGCAGCGUGGCUGGCUUGUCCAUGGACCAAGGAGCCUCUGCAUCAGGAAAGCCGGUGUUCUAUAAGGGUGUGGCGGGCUCCCAGGUGACCCUGUCCAGCCUGGUGAACCAGAGCAGAGCCAUGCUGGAGGAGCAGGCCCGCCACCUGCUGACGGAGACAGAGAGGCAGACCAUGGGCUACUACGUGGAGGAGUACCGAGACGGACACAUAGGGGUGGAGCAGCUGGUCAUGGCCCUGUUUGAACUGCUCAACACACACGCCAAGUUCUCCCUGCUAUCAGAGGUGCGUGGCCUGGUGACACCCCAGGAUCUGGAGCGUUUCGAUGGGAUGGUGCUGCGCCGCGAGAUCCAGGCUUUGAAGGCCCGGCAGGGGGGUGCCAGUGCGGCCGCCCUCCACCCUGACUCCCUCUCCAUGGUUUCCUACCCAGAUACCCUGGCCUCCUCGUCAGCCAGCUACAUGACCUCCACCACCCUCAGCUCAGCACGGGUAGGAAGGCUGGGCCGCAGUGGACCCAAACUGGGUGCAGAGACGCCCCAGCAGACGGGACCAGGUCAAAAGCUUCCCUCCUCCGAAUCUUCCCAUUCCGGGCUCUACUUCACCGCCCCCUCCCGUAACCCCGCCAUUGACCAGAGGGUGGAGCAAGGACCCCCUCCUCACCCAAGCCAGGACAAGUCCUCCCCUGGCUCCAACAAACAGCACUUUGUCAUGGUGGAGGUCCAUAGGCCCAAUGCAGAGUCUGAUGUCAACGAGUGUGUCCCUAUGCCAGUCUCUAACCUCCUGCACCCAUCCCCCCACCCCCCAGGUGCCAACCUGUCCCAGCUGUCAGACAGUGGACAGACGCUGAGCGAGGACAGCGGGGUGGACAUUGGCGAGUCAGGGCGUUUCAGCAAGGAAAGCAGUCCCCGUCCCGCCCGCAUACGCCCCCCACGACAUCCCCAGGGGGCAGGAGGGGGCACCCCCUCCAAACCGCCGGGUCUCUUGGAGCCCACCUCCACACUAGUGAGGGUGGCAAAGAGUGCCACCACCCUCGGCAUCGCCAUCGAAGGGGGUGCCAACACACGCCAGCCCCUGCCACGCAUCGUCACCAUACAGAGGGGCGGUUCGGCGCAUAACUGCGGGCAGCUGCGGGUGGGUCAGGUGAUCCUGGAGGUGAACGGGGCUUCCCUGAGGGGCCGGGAGCACAGGGACGCCGCACGCCUCAUCGCAGAGGCCUUCAAGACCAACGAGAGGGACCACGUGGACUUCCUGGUCACUGAAUUCAACGUGGCGCUAUAG